AUGUCUCUUGUUGCGGAUUAUAGUUCAGAUGUUUAUAGUAGUGGAGAAGAAGAGGAAAAAACGACUACAACAAAUAAAAACGAACUUUCUUCAUUAAUUCCACCACCAAAAAAAAAGAAAGAUGGUCCUGUAAAAAUAGUGAUUGAUUUACCUUCUUUCACCAAAGACGAAGAAAGUGAAGAUGAAAAAAAAACUAUAAAAAAUAAUGGCAGGGGUGGUAGUGAUCUACUUUCUUUAUUACCUGCACCAAAAAAUUUAAUUAAAGAUAAAGCAUCAAAUAAGUCAAAUCUAGCUAGUGUAAAACUUAAUGUCUCAUCAACAAUUGAAAAUUCUAAUAUAUUAAAAACUGAUUCUUCUACUACUACUUUCUCUCCUUCUUCCCAUCUUAAUCCAAAAUCAUUAUCAAAUGAAUUUUUGUCUAAUGAACAUUAUAGUUAUAAUAAUUGGGAAGGAAGUAGCACUAGUACAUAUACAAAUAAUCAAAUUCAAAAAUUAGGUGGCAGAAGAGGAAAAGAAGGUCCAAUCAAAAUCAAAGAAAUCAAUGCAGCAGACCAAAUGGCAGAUGCAUGGCAAACACAAAUGGCAGAUAUUACAAAACCUUCAAAAGGAACUGGAAGUGGCCACUCAAAUUUGAAGCCAAGUAAGGUACAAAAAAGAAAACACAAUUUAAUGUAUUUGGCAUAUCAAGCAACUUCAAUGGAAAAUGAUUUAAAGGAACAAUUUGCAACUAAUAAAAAAACAAAGAGGGAAACUCAAGCAAAAUACGAUGAUUAUAUUAAGGUUUAA